AUGCUUGCUGAUGCGAUUGAAUUGAGGAAUAUUUGUGAAGAGGAUCUCGAAAAAAGUGCGCACAGCAUUCAAUUCAUGGAACCCAAAUUACGCCUGUGGGUCAUAUUCUCCUCUACACAACUAGCCUCAGAGCGUCCAUGUACUCCUCUGUGGCUGCCGGGCACCACAGCCCCAAGCUGGAAGAUGGCCGACAAGUUGGUGGUGACAGUUUCAUGUGGUAGUGUAAAAUGGUCAACUUCGAGGAUUCAGGGCGAUAGCGACUACAAAUGA